AUGAACAAUGAUGUCUCUAUUGCUAGCGCAGCGAAAUGUCCCAAUGCAGCCGAUGUGGACGAAUCUCCAGAGUUGAUUUAUGCUCUUUGGGAGCUUUCAAGUCGAUACUCUGAGAGGGCUUCAAAGCUGCUCAAGCGCUCCAAUGAAAGUGCCGUUGAAGUGGAAAAGAAAACGCUUCUUAAAGGAUAUGCGGAGCUUGUCACCUCUGCAUUGAAAUGCCUUGUUGAGGCGCUCGAAGCGAUCCAAAAAUGCCCUCUUAUUGACGACAAAGCGAAGCUUUGCUACGAAUUUGCUUCGUAUGAAAGGCUGUUUUUCACCAAAUUCGAGUUUUCGCUCGACUUUAACGGCAUGGAAGAGUGUUUAGUGAAGGCGAUGGAGGCUCAAAAGGCGGCCUUCCUGCAGCCUGCCGUUGAGAAAAUGCGCGAGCUAUCUUCGAUUUUCCUUAUUCAUUCGUCAUCGCCCUUGUUUUCUGCGUCUGAUUUCCAUGGCGCGCAGCAGACGAUAAAUUUGAAUGUCAAGCCCGGGGAAAGGUUGGAAUAUUUUGAACACGACAUUGCGUUUCCUGCCAAAAGCAUAUUCAAAUCCACGAGCAGCUGUGAAAGCAGCUGCUCUAGUUUUCCAGAAUUAUCUGCACCCACAACCGACGCUUCUGCACUGUACACCUCCAAAUCAAAAAUGCCUUGUACCUUUGCGUCGCCAUCGGCAUCUUUAUCGGCAGCAACCCCGUCGUUAUUCUCCGCUGCAUUGCAAGUUUAUAGCCAUUCAAAUCGACCUCCUCUUAAAGAAAUAAACUGCAAUUCCCAUCAGGGCGGCCUCCCUGUGGAACCUUUGAUCUCAUUUUGUAAAGCGUCAGAUCAAAUGGGCACUGGCCAGCAUUGCUUUCCUGUCUCGCACAAUGGACAGUCUAUUCUUAGUGACUGUGGCAAGAACAUCCAACCGUUUCAAGAUUUCGAAAAUAAUCGCAGAAGGCCUCUUUCGCCCCCUCUUUCUAACACGUCAGGGCCUUCUUCGUCAGAACAAAUCUUGGAAAGCAGAUCGUCGAUUUACAAAAAGACUCCUCGGUUUUCCGGCGAUCUUUACAAGCCUUCCUUUGUGCGGGGAAGUGGAAGCGAGCGCGAGGGCAGAUGCGAACUGUGUAGUCCACCGGUAUGGCUAAACUUGAAACGAUCUACUUAUUGGUACCACAUGAACUUUACUCACGGCAUUUCGUCUAAAACGGGGCGUCCUUAUCCAGAUCCUCUUUAUGUCAAAGCCUCGCCGCUGCAUUGUGGGGCUGAGCCCGAAAAAAAGCAAGUCCUUGAAGCCUUCUGCAGGAACUGCAGAGGCUGGAUUUCUAUCACCAUCCCGCUUGUUAAGAUUUGCCAAUUUUCGGACGUUCCCGUUUUUUCUUAUGACCGGAGCAACUUUUCUGAUUGGUUUAAGCAUUUGCAAAAAUGUCUUUCUCAUGCAAUCAAGGCCCAAUUAAAUUUAGCGGCCAAUUCUCCUUGUAUCAUUCAUCACAUGCAUACUUUUUACUCCGCAAUAUUUUGCAAUUUAUGGAAUUUAAAUGGACUGAUUUGGGUUGCCAUCCACCUUUACUAUCCGGAAAUGGUUACUGAAGCAACAUAUAUUUUCUCUUCAUCUCUUCCAAAGACGUCUUCGCCUCAACCUCCGCUUGAUAUUCUUUCGAUCUCCAUCUAUGACUAUUCGGGAUAUGUGAAGGACUUUCAUCCCACAAAUAUUCUGCUCAACAAUCCACAAGAUCAGGCCUCGCGCUGGUCAAGCUCUGCCAAGGACCUGAAUCAGUUUAUAACGCUGCGAAUAGCCCCAAAGACCCAAAGCUCGUUGAUGCUGCCCCUUGCUACGGUACAGGAGAUAACGUUUGGCAAAUACCAUCUUCCACACGUGUGCAAUUUGAAAGAGUUCAAGGUAUUUGUUUCCGUGGACGGGAGAGAAUGGAGAGAAGCCCUGCAUCAAGGAUUAAAAAACGACGGGAUUUCAGAGACCUUUCCCCUGCGGUAUUUUAUCGACCCCACAACGACACCCUCCUUUAUAUAUCCGGUUCAAUUUGUAAAAAUAGUCCCCAUCUCAACUUGGGGCAUAGGCUUCAAUUUUGGCAUCUGGUUUGUCCAACUUAAGGGUACGCAGGAACGAACCCAGAUUUCCGCAUCUCUUGAAAGGUAUGUAAAGUCGCAGUAUAUGAAGGGCUGCUUGGCCACCUCUUCUGCAAUGAUGCUACCUAAACGGCCCCCCGGGAUAAAGGUCGAAAAGGAUUUUGAAGAAUUUUUCCAUCAUCUGUAUGAUCAAAUAGAGGAGAUGAAAUACGGCAAAGAUCUUUACUCUCUGAUCCUUGAAAUCAGAAACACGUCGCUACUGGAUCCGCUUGAUGUUGAUACACUUGAUAAGAAGAUCGAAACUGUCUGCUCUCCUGAGGUUCUCAAAAGCGGCCAGGGUUUCCGUUCGAUUUUUAGAUCUGAAUGGACUCAAAUUGAAAGAAAAGACGGAGAUCCCUGGCCCGCUGCAAGGGGAGGUCAUCAGCUGGUUUAUGAUCGAGUCACCAAAAACCUCUUGCUUUUUGGUGGAUGGGAUGGAAAUAAGGAAUUUGCAGACUUUUGGUCUUUCGAUUGCAGCUCCAGGAGGUGGACAAUGAUAUCCCCGGAUACCUCUGUGGAAGGGGGCCCUUCCCCGCGCUCAGUCCAUAGAUGCAUCAUCGAUGCAUCUGGACGAUUCAUGUAUUGCCUUGGGCGGUACUUUUCACCAGAUAGGCACUCAUCAGAAGCAUCCACUUCUUGUGACUUUUACCGGUGCGACCUCUCUAGCUUCACAUGGGAACUUUUGUCGACAAACACCAAGCCGAUGUUUUCAGGUCUUUUCUCGUUCUCCGUUUCAACUAAAAAAUGGAAGCAGCACCUUUCGGACCUGAGCGAGGAAACUUCAAUGCUUCUCUCUCGAGUAUCCUUCAUGAUGUUUCUGGGCGAAAUGAGAAAUGGAGCCGACGAGGUUCAUUCUCUUUUGAUCAUCAUCAAUGGCCAGAGGCAUCUGGAAGAGAUGCACGAUGCCGUUAUUUACGAUCUUGAUGAGGAGCGGAUUGUUGAUAUUUCCAAUUUGAACUUCUUUAAAAAGUCGCUGAAAACCUUGGAUUUCCUUACAAAAUCGCCAUCGUUCUCCAUGAAGGGACAUCUAUUUAAAGGUGGAAGCGAUGGCGGUGGCGGGCGGAUCGUGGUGCUUGCGCCCUCAAAGGAUAACUCGCGAUUUUCGGUAUUUCUGCACAUGUUUGGGCGCGAAACGAUCCUCGAUCCCUGCUCGGAGACAAAUUCGAACUGGGGUUCUUGGCAGCAAAUAGACGAAAUGAACAUUGAAGAGACAAGUGAGAGAAACGACAAUUCCGCUCCCAUCAUGAGAUAUGCCUUCAAUUUGGCUGGAGAUGACACACAGGUAGAGCGCGAGUGCUUUCUAGCUGUAGAUGCUGUGGCUUUUUGGUGGAACAAUUGCUUCUGGCGCCAAAAGCGAAGAGCAAGGCGAAGAAAUCAAAAGAGUGGCGGACAUGUGGCAAUUGACGCUGCACCCAAAAUGGCCAUCCGAUUUUGCAGCCGAAAUGAAGGUCCUGGUCCGCCAGUGCAUUCGGAUGGGGAGUGGCGCAUUCCAACAGAGAGCCAGUCCGAGGCUCUGAGAUAUUUGCGCGAGCAAAUGGAGCCAUAUGUUUCGUGCAGCUCGCCUGUCGUCAAGCAGAUCCUUUCUGCGUUACCGGAAUGUUUAUUCCUUGGACCGACAAGCAGCAUUUUUGCCAAAGAUUCCUCGUCGCUGGACCUUGAAGAUCUAAGCGUGUUGAACGGAAAAUACGCGCAAGACCCCGUCCAAUUUGCAAAGGCAAGGACAAUCAUCGAAUGCAGGAAGACGCUGAUCAAGGAGCUCCUGGCCUAUGCCUGA